UCGGGGGAGGGUGUUCAGGCAGCAGCUUGUGCCUUCUCCCUUUCUCUACCUGUGCAAGGCUGCAAGACAUGGGAAACCACGAGGGGAUAAGUGAUAGCAACCCUCAACAUCCAUAUACACUGAGCAGUCAGCUGUCGUCUUGUGGGAGGCAACUGCAGCUUUAAAACAGCAGCUCCAGUUUCUAAUCGGAUUGGGGGGGGGGAUGUGGGAAAAGUGCAGCAAUGAAUCUUUUCUUCUUUUGACAACACUCUCCCCUUCAGGACUAAUACUGCACGGGGGGGGAAGAGACACCCCCCACCCCCAACAAGGCAGAAGCAGCGAUCACAUCCCCGUGUGGGAACUAAUUGCUGGGAGCAGCGUUCGCCGUGAGACCUAGGAUUUCCCCUGCCUCCAACCUGAAGCGAUUUCUCCUGGAACAAAGUCAUCCCCGCCGCACUCCACCUUUUGCCGGCCGUUGACAAGUUUUGCCAUUUGGAUUUCAUGGAGCUGGGAUUCUUGUUACUCUUUGGACUUACCGUGACCUCGAGCGCAGGGUUCUCGCUGCCCGUGCCUCGCCCCCGGCCCCUCGCGGAGAGCGGCAGCGGCCGGGGCCCGAGGUUUCCCGCGCUCCGGGAGCGGGUCGGUGCGGAGAGCCCGGCCCGGGCCGCCGCAGGGGGGCUGCCGGCCGGCGGAGGAGGGAAGGCGGAUGGCCCGGGAGCGCCGCGCCGCAGAGCCAAGCGCUGCACUUGCUACACCUACAAGGACAAGGAGUGUGUGUACUACUGCCACCUGGACAUCAUCUGGAUCAACACCCCCGAGAGGACUGUACCAUAUGGGCUGUCUAACUACCGAGGCAGUUUCAGAGGCAAAAGGUCUACUGGAGAGCUUUGCAAGAGCACCGAGUCUUUAGAUUGGUCUUUAUCGCGGUGCUCUUGUUUGGACAUACAUGACAAACAGUGCAUGUUGUUUUGCACAAGAACACAGGACAGCAGAUGUAAUCAGGGGUCACUGAAAAAGACAGCAGAGAAAGAGCAACGUAGAGAAAAUGAACGUGCCCUCAUUCAUUAGCACAGAGGGUCCAGGCAGUUUCUGAACCGAGAGGUUUAGUGUUUGUUUGCCAGAGCUCAGAAGCAAGAAUCUAAGCUACAAAUCUCCCAUGAGAUGGACAUAUUGGAAUGCUUCAGGCUGGCUGCCAAUAGAUAAUCCAGCAGUAUGCAACGCCUUUAUUGCAUUGAUGCCAGUUUGAGGGCACAUGAAUGUGGGUGAAGAACAUUGCAUCCUUUUAUACUUCUCUGACGAGAGUGUCAAAAACCAUGCAGUACAGGAUGAGUAUUUGCAUGUACCCUGGAGAUGCGGGGGAGGGAAAAAGGAGUAUUCAAACUUUAGCAACACAAACAGAUUCAAGAAUGCCUUUUUUUUUUACCUGAUUUUAAAAAUAAUACAGUAGAAACAUACUGUUCCACUUAGUGCUUGCUGCCUGCGUGAAGUACCCAGUUCCAGCUUUAUGCAAGCAAUUAUGAUUGGAGAAUCUGGUAAAUUAGAGAAUUGUCUGUAUAAACAUUUGCAUUAUGGAUAAACAGAAACAAAAUAUGUCUCUUGCUAACAGAUGCAAGGCUAUUAGCCAAUCAUCAUAUUGUAACUUUGCUGGCAGAUAUUUAAAUGUCAGUAUCUAUGCAGAAUAAAUAUGAAUGGUUAAUAAUUAUAUCAUUAUAAAAUAUAGCACGUUAGCAAUAUACAGUAAGUAUUCAAUAGGUUACUUAAUUAAGGCACAAAUUAUUUCUGUGCUGGAAAGUUCAAUCCAGAAACACAGCUACAAUGACUAUCUAGGGAUACACUGUAGUUGAUGAAUGGAAUUCCAAUUAUCCACCAACAAGAAUCUGCUGAGGAUGAAAUGAAGACUGACAGAUACAAAAGCAUUAUCUAAACUUCAUACAUUCAAAAUAAUUUACAUCUCUCUCUCUCCUAAUCCCAUACGUGCAGUGCCAUACAUACCCAGUGUAUACAUUCCUAUUUGCUGACGUUUUAAGACAUGUUUUUAACCUUUGAAAACUACUUUACUGAGCAGUUGAAGGAUUGAGGAUAUGUCAAGACAAUGGGAACAAGGACAAUGCUGGUCCCUGGAAAUUUAUCAUCAAAAGUGAUUUCAUCAGCAAGUAUGGACUGUUUUUUUGCGGGAAAACAAAAGAACAAGUAAGAGGAUGAAUAAUGCUUCCAAAUGUUGCUCUUUGAUAUGAUUUAAAAUGUAACAGACGAAUUUCCUAACUUGUGGCAUUACUGAUUCCUUUGUUAGACCUUUAUACAAAUCUUCCUAGGUGAAACUAUGAGCAAAUGACAUUUAUAUUUUAUCAGAAAAUAGUUGCAGACCAAAACAAAAACUGCAAAUUGAAUAUAACUGAACUUUGAGUUCACAAUACAAAUGGAUAUAUAGGUUAAACAGUGGCAAUAGACAUUGAAACAAGAAAGGGUAACGUCUCUGCCAAAAAAUUAUAUAUAUAUAUAUUAUAUAUAUAUGGAUAUAUUUCAUAAAUAAAUUAUUAGAGUUAUAAAGUGAAUAUAUCUUUCAAUUAUCACAUUUGUAUCACUGUUUUUUACUUGCUGGCAUGAUUUUGUACGUUUAUAGAAAAGUAGAUUAUUUAUUGUUCAAACACUUCACCUAUGGCUUUUUGGUGUGGCUUUUUAAAAAUAAUGUAACAAAGGUAAUGUGUGUGUGUGUGUGCGCAUAUGUAUAUAUAUUUUAAAUAACCAACCUUUUGUUAUGAAGGCAAUAAUGUUCAUUUAUAACCAUGAUUAACUUUUUUUGGAAUACAUAUGCACAAUUAGGAUUAUGAGAAUUUGCCAUCUUCAGAGGAGAGGUAGCUCUCCUAAUAAUCUGCGAAUUAAGUAAAAUCAAAAUCACAAUAAAAAGAGCUCUUUGAUAUAACCAUGAAUUAAAAAGAUAUAAUUUAA